CGCGUGUGUGAGCCGCAAAGUAACAUGGCGGCCGCCAGUGGCUGCCUCUUCUUCUGCGCCCGCCCGAUGCUGCGCUGGCUUUGCGGGGGGCUGGCCGCAGGGCCCAGGUCGCUCCUCGGGGUAUCGGCUUAUUCCACCGCCCUGGUUGUGGGGAGCGGGGGGCCCAGCCAGAGCAAAGUUGCAGCCUCGAGAAGAAGCAGGACAUCACCAAUUGCAAGAAACAAAAGAGUGCCUGAAGCUCCUAGAACUGAAAAGAUGGCUGUUGAUCAGGACUGGAGCAACGUUUAUCCAACUGCAGCAGCAUUUAAUCCUUCUUCGGUGCCUCUUCCCAUCAGAAUGGGCUAUCCUGUGAAGAGAGGAGUACCUCCACCGAAAGAAGGCAAUUUGGAGCUUAUAAAGAUCCCCAACUUUCUGCAUCUGACUCCCCCAGCAAUUAAGAAACACUGUACAGCUCUUAAAGAUUUCUGCACUGAGUGGCCAACUCUAUUGGACAGUGAUGAGAAAUGUGAGCAGCAUUUUCCUAUUGAAAUUGAGACAGUAGAUUAUGUUUCAGCAGGACCAUCUGUUCGUAAUCCCAAAGCAAGAGUGGUGACUUUAAGAGUUAAGCUUUCCAAAUUGAACUUGGAUGACCAUGCAAAGAAGAAGCUCAUUAAACUUGUAGGAGAACGGUACUGCAAGGAUACAGAUAUGCUUACCAUUACAACAGACAGGUGUCCGUUAAGGAGACAGAACUAUGACUAUGGAAUCUACCUCCUCACAGUUUUGUACCAUGAAUCGUGGAAAACUGAAAUGUGGGAAAACGAAAAGACUGAAGCAGACAUGGAGGAGUAUAUCUGGGAUAACAGCCCCUCUCAGAAGAAUGCUUUGGACACGCUUCUUCGAAUAAGAGCUGCAGAGAAAACCACCGAAGUAACCAGGGAAGAGCUGCUUGCCUCUGAGAUAGUUGAAAAUUACAAAACCGCUGUAGUUGCACUUAAAAAUGAAGGGGAAACAGAAAACAACAUUUUGCAGUACAAGGAAUCUGUGACAAAACUACUGAAUUUACAAGCAUUACAGUGAAAAUUGACAUUCCAUGCACAUCUCUGAUCUUAUGUCAAUCUACAAAGAUAAUGUAUGAUAAUAUUACUUUGUAGGAAAUUGUGAAUGCAGUUAUCCAAGUUUUUCUGGACCUUCAACAAAACAAGUUUUCCUUAGAAAAUUAAUAAAAUUUUAAAAUUUCAAAAACCUUGAAUGGAAUUUAGAGUGAAUAGAGAUUCAAAAAGGGUCAGCAACAAACAUUUUGUUUCCUCUUCUGCCAAUAUCCUCCUUUUCCUCUAUAAAUACAAUUUGUAUCUAGUCUUUUCUGGGAAGCCUUCUGAGUAUUUAUGGGCUUAAGCACUCUGUUCUGCUGUUCUAGCCUGGGAUUUAGAAGGCCCUGAUCGAAUUCCUUGCUCUACCACUGACUUCUAUGAAUCCUUGGGUAAAUCACAUAAGAUUUUCAAAAGCACCUCCUAAGUUCCACUGAAUUUCAAUGAGGUUUAGGAUGCGGUGUGCCUAAGUCAUUUCUGCAAAUGUGGUACACAGGAUACAUCUACACAGCAAAGAAAAACCCAUGGCUGGCAGGGCCUGGGCUCCAGCCUGAGUCCGGAAGUCUACACAGCCAUGAAAGAGCCCUGCAGCAGGAGCCCCACAAACCUGAGUCGACUGGCACGGGCCAGACGUGGGUGUCUAGUGUGCAUUUGAAAAUUUUACUCUUAGUCUCUCUCUGCUUCCAUUACCUUCAUUUUUCCAGAUGAAGGUAAACAUUAUCUCCUACCUUGGCGGGCAGUUGGGAGGAUAACUGCAUUGGAGGUUGUGAGGCACAUAACGUAAUGAGGGUCACAUAAGUAUCUUAGAUAGACGUGUAUAUAUCUCUGAAGGAAGGGGAAAAGGAUAAAGUCCAGAAUAGAAAAUGGAUGGAGUAGUGUACCAUAAAGAAGGGAGGGAAAGGUUAAAUAGUGGCUGAAAGGAUGCAAAAUAAAAGUAUACACCUACAUCUUUACAAUAAAUAUAUGGCAUAAGUAAGAAUUGCAUGUCUUAUUAGAGGAACAAAAACAGUUUGGGUGACAGAUGAUGGGAAGUUAAAUUAAAUAUUUUUAAAGGAUAUGACUUCCUCUUAAUACAGAAAGGGUGUUGUAUUUACUCGAGAGACAAUUUAUGAGUAAUAGUGCAGAAAAUUCAUCUAGGUUCCAACUUGUCACUAUGAGUGAAGGAAGGAAUUAUAUGGAUUAUGUUACCUUUGGUAAUUGCUCUUUGAGCAGAACUGGUCUGAAAACCUGAAAGUAGUUGGUAAUUUUAGCACUCACCAAUUAUCAAAAAUAGUUCCUAAUGCUAAAAAUGUGAAAAGAGAACUUAUUUUUAAAAGGAAGAAAAGAGAAGUGAGCUUCAAAAACUAAGAAGGUUAAGAUCCUAUGCCAUUUAAAAAUACAACUACUAGUACCAGCAAAAUUAGGCAUUCAUGUUACAAAAAUAUUUCCCUUUCACGUGGGUGGCUUUUCAUCAGAAUUAAAGAUUCUACAAAAGGUUAAAUAAGCUUAACAUCAGUCACAAUGUUCUGCCCCCCAGCCACAGCUGGUUAAGAAGAAAAGAUGCAACAUAAGAGCAUAGGCACCAGAACUGGGGGAAUGGAGGGAAGUGACUCUUGUGCAUCUGUUUAGGUCUCUAUUGGAGCUGUUCUGCAUGGCUUAUGGGUACUCCAGCUGCUGCAGCUUCUGUCAUCUACAUGUAGCCUUUGAGAUUGGAAUGUAUAUUCCCCUUCUAAAAGGAGUGGCAUUGUCAAAUGGGUUCUGUCUAGUAGAACACAGUUUUUCAUCCAGGAAUAAGUACCUCUAUGCACAUAAAAUAGUAAUAUAGCUUUGGUAACUGCUAUAGUUAAGAUUGAAAAUGUUUGCUUAGUAAACGCAUAUUUCAGACUGUCAAAACUUUGCAAUCCUUCACCUUUUUGGCAUUAAACAUUCCCUCCUUUCA